UUAAAUCCUAACGAGUGCAGAGGUUUAUACAAGUGUACAACGUUUAUCGCUGGCGAAUUGUACAACGUACGCUGAGAAAUUGUACAUCAACUGUACUUCCAUCUCUGCAGAUUAGUUCUCAUUGAAACAUUUAAAGUAGGUUUGAUAGGUUCAGAAGUUUUUUAACCAAAAAAUUUGCAUUUUUGUGCAAUAAACACAUAUAAGAACCUGUUCCUCUGACAACCUUUCCAUUGUCUGAAGAAAAAGGAAUUUGAAUAUUAAUUAGAAUCUGUUAAAGUAGAUUUUUUAUAGAAUAUUUCUUGUUUCAGAAUAAAAUGUCUACUCCGGCUCGACGACGUUUGAUGAGAGAUUUUAAGAGGUUGCAACAGGAUCCUCCGGCAGGUGUGAGCGGAGCACCCAGUGAUAAUAAUAUAAUGCUGUGGAACGCUGUUAUAUUCGGACCCCAUGAUACUCCAUUCGAGGACGGAACAUUCAAACUUACAAUAGAAUUUACAGAAGAAUAUCCCAACAAACCACCAACAGUCAGGUUUGUGAGUAAGAUGUUCCACCCUAACGUAUAUGCUGAUGGAGGAAUCUGCCUGGAUAUCCUUCAGAACAGAUGGUCUCCGACCUACGAUGUAUCUGCUAUUUUAACUUCAAUACAAUCCCUGCUUGAUGAACCCAAUCCUAACUCUCCUGCUAACAGUGUUGCUGCCCAGUUGUAUCAGGAGAACCGAAGAGAAUAUGAGAAGAGAGUAGCGUGUAUUGUAGAACAGUCCUGGUUGAUUCUAGCAGAUGAUACUGAUCCUAAAGACGAGAUGAAGGGAGAGUAAGAAAGAGGAUUGGCUUCAAUAAUCAUCUUCUCAGCAUCAAUGUUUUCUGAGAGAAAAAUAAAUUAAAUUUUUCCAAUAUUUUCCUUGUCAAGCAUGGAAUUUCACUGAGUCGACACUGAGCACAUUUAAUAAAUGUUGUAUCCGGUUUCCCGUUGUAUAAAAUUGUUGUUAAAUAUAUAUCAGAGAAAAUUAAA